UAUAAAGAGCUAUAACAAAUCGCGCGAUUUAGUAUGUACGUGUAUGCACAUUUUUUUAAAUGGAAAACCAGUGACCCCGCACAAGGUGUAUUUUGAUAGGUAAACGAGGCUAUGUUUUCAUUCUUGUCGGCUCGUGAACCCAUAAAGCAUCUGUUUAUUGUGAUAAUAGUACGCCACAGCCGAUAUAUGUUGCCAAUGUUUGAACACUGAACUCGCGGAAUAAAACAGUCAUUCUCAGGCACAUACAUGUGUGAUUGGUCUUAUUCCAGUCGGGCCGCUGUUACGAUACAUCCUUACAGUAAGUACCUUAAUCGGAUAGGGUUCUGUCAACGCCCUAUCGGUGUUCGUCAACAGUUGAAUAUUUUGUGUUAAUCAGUCUCUCUGUUUUGUAAAUAAUUGACAGUACAACCCUGAGAGUGUGUAUAUACAUCGACAGUGUUAAAUCAUCCAACUCGAUAAAGUCCAUAGAAAAUGUGUGUGACGGAAAUGUGAUCGUAUGGAUCGAUUUCAAUCAACUCUUUUCUUCUUCGCGUUACACUACCAGUUUCAAUUUAGUGAUCAGGCCGACACCUGUGCAUGUACUGUAAAUUAAUCACUUUGUAUACCCAGUGAUAAUCAAUGGAGAAUACAAACAAAGUGAACGGACAAAGCGAGGUGAUAGCAUUGGAGUAUGAUGUUAUGAAUGAAGACAACGAUAUUUUUGACGAGGGGGGUGGCGAGAAAUCUCAGUUUCUGCAACUGAAGAUUGAGGAUGAUAACAUCAGCAUCUCCAGCAGACGAAGCGAGCACCCUCCUGACAUUCACAUCAGAGAGGAGGACGAGCACCACGCGCACACGGAGGUGCCCAGGACAAAACUACAGAAGGCCCAAUACCGGGUGAAAUCGGUGAUAGAGCACGUGUUGUUUCGCGUGUUUACAGUUCUCUUAAUCCUGGUGGACGUCAUUUUGGUAGUGGUGGAUAUUAGCGUCACGGAUCUCAGCGAACACACGUCACAUGACAUCACCCUUGUGUCACGUGUCAUCAUAGCUUAUUUCCUCAUUGAAAUCGGUUUCAGGAUAUUUUAUCGUGGGAAAGAAUUUUUCAAGAAUUGUUUAGAUGUGACAGAUAUGCUAGUCGUCUUGGCAACUUUUAUCAUAGACUUCGUGCUCGGUUUCUUGGCAGAAGUUAACUAUGGACGAUUGGGUGUGAUAGGGAGAGCAUUGCGGAUGGUGAGAAUAGGACGGAGUGUCAUUAUAAUGGUACAACAGUAUCGGCACAUGACCCAGGCAGCCAGGAAAACCGUCUCUCAAAACAAGCGCAGAUACCAGAAAGAUGGGUUCGACCUUGACCUGUGUUACAUUACAAAGCGUGUAAUUGCCAUGUCAUUUCCUUCCUCGGGUGUGAGUGGGAUGUACCGAAACCCAAUCCAGGAGGUUGCAAGAUUUUUAGAUGCUAAACACAAAGACAGUUAUCUUGUAUUUGAUUUAUGCAGUGAACGAAAUUAUGAUGCUUCCAUUUUUCACGGCAGAGUUGAGCGUGUUUAUAUCGAUGAUCACAAUGUGCCUUCUAUAAGGGAUAUGGUAGAUUUCUGCAUUAAAGUCCGAAAAUGGUUGUCAGAAAACGAAGGUCAUGUGAUUGCAGUUCAUUGUAAAGGCGGGAAAGGUCGAACGGGCACCAUGAUCUGCACGUGGCUUGUUGAUUGCGAUAUGUUCACGGAGGCAGAGGAAAGUCUGAGCUACUUUGGAGACAGAAGAACGGACUUGAAUAAAGGAUCGACGUUCCAAGGUGUGGAAACACCUAGCCAGAGUCGUUACGUUGGUUACUAUGAAACUAUCGUCAAAAACUUGAAUGGUGAAAUGCCACCAGUUGUGAUGCUGAAACUGAAAACAAUUCGAAUCACAGGCAUUCACACUGUAGGGAAUGGAGACGGUAGUGACCUGGUGUUAGAUAUAUAUCAACAGAGGGACCCUGUUUUUUCAUGUAAACUAGGGAAGCAGGAAAACUGUAAGGUGGAGUUUUGUAAAGAGAAGGAUUCCAUUGAAAUUUCUCCGGGACAGGAAAUGGUUCUGCACGAAGAUGUAAAGGUGAAAUUUAGCUCGAACAAAAUUCCAAAGGGCUAUGACAACUGCGCAUUUUACUUCUGGUUCCACACCUUUUUCAUCGAAAAUUUAAGGUUGCUGAUUCCCAGAGAUGAUUUGGACAAUCCGCAUAAAAAGAAGACACACAAGAUUUUCACGGAGAAUUUUUCUGUGGAGAUAAACUUUGAACAACCAUCCUGACCAGUAGAUUCUCCGGUUUACAAUCACCAAAGACGUUUUUAUAAAGUUUUAUCUUUACCGUGCCAUUCCAUUUCAUUCAAAUCAAAUAAAUUAGGGCUGUUUUUAUUUUACAUUUUCCCCCUUCCUGUGUUGUUAUUUUAUUGCUCAAUUUACUUUAUUUGAUUUUUUAAAUAUAUUUUUAUGUAAUAAAAUAUUUGAAGUGAU